CCGCCUGCUGCGCGUGCGCCCGCCUAGGCGGCGCGAGGUCAGGGCAGGGCAAUGUUACUCCGGCUGGUGGGGGCGGCCGGCAGUCGGGCCCUAGCCUGGCCUUUCUCCAAGUUGUGGCGAUGUGGCGGCAGCGCAGGAAGCGGCGGGGCGGUCUGGAGCAGCGUGAGGGUCGGUGGCAUUGCUCGGCAGGGGUUAUGCUCACUGCAGGCUCUGCAGGGAAGACUCACUUGGUUCUCCCCAAGGCUGUGUUCAAAACCUCCCAAAGGGUUUGAGAAAUUUUUUAAGAAUAAGAAGAAUGGAAGAAGUACAGAACCAGGAAACUCAGUAGCUCCAAAAAAAGAAACUGUAGAACCAAAGAACACUGGGCCUGGAGGAGAUGGAGGCAAGAGAGGAGGGAAGCGAGCUGGCUUUGCCUGGUGGAAACGGAUGCAGAAGGGGGAGUUUCCAUGGGAUGACAAGGAUUUCCGGAGUCUGGCUGUUCUGGGGGCAGGCGUGGCUGUGGGGUUUUUAUAUUUCUAUUUUCGAGAUCCCGGAAAAGAGAUCACCUGGAAGCACUUUGUGCAGUAUUACCUCUCCAGAGGUCUGGUGGAUCGGCUGGAGGUUGUGAACAAGCAAUUUGUGCGUGUUAUUCCUGUCCCUGGGACGACAUCCGAGAAGUUCGUGUGGUUUAACAUUGGCAGUGUUGACACCUUUGAGAGAAACCUUGAGUCUGCUCAGUGGGAGCUGGGGAUUGAGCCCACCAACCAGGCUGCCGUAGUCUAUACUACAGAGAGUGAUGGCUCUCUUCUCCGAAGCCUGGUGCCCACCCUGGUCCUGGUUAGCAUCCUCCUCUAUGCCAUGAGGAGGGGUCCAAUGGGGACUGGUCGUGGCGGGCGAGGAGGAGGCCUCUUCAGUGUUGGUGAGACAACAGCCAAGAUCUUAAAGAACAACAUUGAUGUGAAGUUCGCAGAUGUGGCUGGCUGUGAAGAAGCCAAGCUGGAAAUUAUGGAGUUUGUGAAUUUCCUGAAGAACCCAAAGCAAUAUCAGGACUUAGGAGCCAAGAUCCCAAAGGGAGCAAUGCUUACUGGUCCACCUGGAACUGGCAAAACACUUCUUGCGAAAGCAACUGCGGGGGAGGCCAAUGUGCCCUUCAUCACUGUGAAUGGGUCGGAGUUCCUGGAAAUGUUCGUUGGUGUUGGGCCAGCACGGGUUCGUGACAUGUUUGCAAUGGCCCGGAAAAAUGCUCCUUGUAUUUUAUUCAUUGAUGAGAUCGAUGCGAUCGGCAGGAAGCGAGGUCGUGGUCACCUGGGAGGCCAGAGUGAGCAGGAGAACACUUUAAACCAGAUGCUUGUGGAGAUGGACGGCUUCAACUCUACCACUAAUGUGGUAGUGCUAGCUGGUACCAAUCGCCCUGAUAUCCUUGACCCAGCCCUGACACGGCCUGGCCGGUUUGACCGCCAGAUCUACAUUGGUCCCCCUGAUAUCAAAGGCAGGUCCUCUAUUUUCAAGGUUCACUUGCGUCCACUCAAGCUAGAUGAACGCCUCACCAAAGAUGCUCUUUCAAGGAAACUAGCUGCUCUUACUCCGGGUUUCACUGGUGCUGAUAUUUCCAAUGUGUGCAACGAAGCAGCACUGAUUGCUGCCCGCCAUCUUAGCCCUUCUGUCCGGGAGAAGCACUUUGAGCAAGCCAUCGAGAGGGUCAUUGGAGGCCUUGAGAAGAAGACCCAGGUCCUACAGCCCAGCGAAAAGAGAACUGUCGCCUACCAUGAGGCAGGGCAUGCAGUGGUGGGCUGGCGCCUGGAGCACGCAGACCCUCUGCUGAAGGUGUCCAUCAUCCCUCGGGGCAAGGGGCUUGGCUAUGCUCAGUACCUUCCCCGCGAGCAAUACCUCUACACGCGGGAGCAGCUCUUCGACCGCAUGUGUAUGAUGCUAGGGGGCAGGGUGGCUGAGCAGCUGUUCUUUGGCCAGAUCACUACAGGGGCUCAGGAUGACCUAAGGAAGGUCACCCACAGUGCCUAUGCUCAGAUUGUGCAGUUUGGAAUGAGCGAGAAGCUGGGCCAGGUAUCCUUUGACCUCCCCAGACAAGGAGAGACCAUGGUGGAGAAGCCGUACAGCGAAGCCACUGCUCAGCUCAUUGAUGAGGAGGUCCGGCACCUUGUCAGGUCUGCCUACGAUCGGACCCUGGAACUGCUCACACAGUGCCGGGAGCAGGUCGAGAAGGUGAGCAGGCGGCUCCUGGAGAAAGAAGUGCUGGAGAAGGCUGACAUGGUGGAGCUCUUGGGGCCUCGGCCCUUUGCAGAGAAGUCCACCUAUGAGGAAUUUGUAGAGGGCACCGGCAGCCUAGAGGAGGACACAUCCCUUCCCGAGGGGCUGAAAGACUGGAAUCAGGGUCGGGAGGAAGGAGGCACUGAGCGCUGCUUACAGGAGAGCCCUGCAUAGCAGUGGCCUAUUUGACCACUGUUGGCUAGGAGCUGCUCAGCCUUUACAGAACAGCUGCCAGAGUAACUGAAAAACAAAUUAAAAUAGGUGACAACUGCGAAUAGAUGUUUUAGAGAAGACCAUUUAGACUCCACAGAAGAGAGAGCUAGGACUUGGCAGCCUCCAUCCAAGGCAAUAGCUAAGGGAUCAAAGGUGUGGCCUGAGGCCACGGGCCCUGAACCUAGAGGUCUGUCAAUUCAGGUAGAAAGGGAGUGGACACUGGCUUCUAUGAAGCCAUGAGUGUUAUCUUUGGGGUAUUCUGUGUAUAGGGUAUUAAGAGCUACAUCACGCUUCUAGUAGACACAGAACUGAUUCAGUUUCCGAGUGUGCUGCCUUAUAGCUUGCCUCUGAGGUAAUUAAUUGCUCAGAGGCUAAGCCUGAUCCAACACAGACAAAGUCUGGUGAAGAAUUAAUGAAAAUGUAAGCCAGUCAUCAAGGGAAGGCUAGGUUCUUAAGCUGAUUAGUGCUUAGGAAAGAAAGCCAGCUCAGCUGCACAUCUCUGGCUAAGGAGAGGGAGUGUGGCCAUCCCUGGCCUCGGUGGCAGCAUCAGAAAUUUUGUCAGUCAGACCUGGCAUCUAGCCUUAGCUCUGGUGCCCAUUUAUCAACCAUCUUGUUGUAGGACAGCUCUUGAGUCAAAGAAGGGUCUAGAAGAGGCAUCUUUUUCGUGUUGAUCCUGGGGUGUGCUGAGGCCUGAACUCCAGACCUAAUGCUUGGGUCUUUGGGUUCCUAGAGUGUGCUUGUGGAAUUCCUCCAGGACUCCCUGGGAUCACAGGUCUCAACUCUUCCAGUCUGCUCACGGCCUGGGGAGGAAUCCAUUUACUCCCUUGACUUGUUUAAAAUUUUUGUAUGUAUGCCCACAGGUGUUCAUGUGUGCGUAUGAUAACAUGUGUCCAUAUGAUUACGUGGAGACCAGGGAUUGACUUAGUAUGUCUUCCUCAAUUGCUUUUUUCCUUUUUGGUUUUUGAGACAGGGUUUCUCUAGCCUUGGAGCCUGUCCUGGAACUUGCUCUGUAGACCAGGCUGGCCUUGAACUCACAGAGAUCCGCCUGCCUCUGCCUCCCGAGUGCUGGGAUUAAAGGCGUGCGCCACCACCCAGCCCUCAAUUGCUUUCUAUCUUAUUUUUUUUUCAUUUAUUUAGUUGUGUCUGCACAUGCAUGUCCACAAACACAUAUGCUCCAUGGUACACGUGUAGGUCAGAGAACAACUUGUGAGAGUCAGUUCUGUCCUUCUGCUGUGUGGGUUCUAACAAUCAUCAGGCUUGGCAGAACCUACCUUUCCCCACUGAGCCAUCUUGCCAGCAGUGCACCCUGUCUUUUGAGAUGGGGUCUCUUACUGAAUCUGGCUAGAUUUGCAGGCCAGCAAGCUCGAAGGAUCCUCCAGUCUCUGCCUUCCCAGUGCUGGGAUCACAGGUAUCCCUUUCUGCCUGGCUUUUGUGUGGAUGAUGUGCAGCAAGCACUCACUUCAGCAGCUCAACCUUCUCUGGCUCUGUGACUGAUGAUGGUGGGCUUCCUGGAUGACUCGUCAGGAGGGCGGAGACCUGCUCUCUGCCUCUUAAACCGUUACGUCCUUAACUUUCCUUUGGGGCCUGGAUACAUAGUAUAGUACAUUUUCUAAAUUGUGUUUGCCUCAGAAAUAGAAAUUUUAUCAGGGGACAGAUACUUCUAACUUUUACUGUUUGUAAAAUGUACAUUACUGAAUUUUAAAAAUAAAAUGUUUUUUUCAUUUUUAA